UUGCGGAGGUGAAUAUAAAUUUGUUAAAUCGUCGACUCGAUGAGUUUACAACCGAUUGGCAAAACCGGGUCGAUACAAGAGAGCGCUCAAUAAACAUAGAAUAAAAUGGCACAAACAUAAGAUGGAUGCAUAAAUAUUCGUCCUGUUGUUGAAAGCGACUAAAUGACGGCAAUUAUCUCAAGCCGUUGCGACUUUCCCCUCGUCGAGAUCUUCAUUCUCUCUUUCUCGUUUUCUUCUCAGCAGUCGGCCGACUUUGAUCCCAAAGAUCGAGCUGGUCGAUCGGCAAAGUGUCACGUCAGCUUAAUUAAUUCGAACGAUCCUAUCGUACGAUGCAUGCGAUCCGUUUCCGCCUGCAUUGUUUUUCAUCGCUACAUCGCUUUGUGAAAGAUAGAUAAACACCGCGUCGGCCAGCGCGACUUGCUUCGCCCGUCGUGUCGCGACAAUGCAAUAUCUUUCGGGGGUGAUUUAGAGCGUGGGGGCUGUUUUUUAUCGCCUCGCAACACCCGAGCGUAAUAUUCGAGUGACGUGAGUGCAAGCGACAGGCGAAAGUUUCCGAAAGCGCUAAUUCGCGACACGCUCGCGCGAGAACUCUCAAGCUGCGCGCCUCGCGUGACUUCUCGCGAUUACCGAAACUGUCAACGUGCGUGGUUGUGCAGUCCUCGAAGCUAAAAGUGCUUUCAGAAGAUGAGGCCCGCGAUUCUCCGGAAAGCAAGCCUGCGAAAUUUCACAGAGUAUCAAGGAGAGACAGUCGUCACCGUUCGUCACGCUAUUGUUCGCGACUCGCAAGACGGCGCGAACGCGUGAAGCGAAUUUCCGCCGAAUUCGCUAGAAUCGCACACUCCCGUCGCCGUCUCAACGAUCAUCAACUUUUUCCACCACCGUGGAUCGCGCUCGUUGACGUCAGGUUCUCCUCUCGCGGCUGGCGCGCGUUUCUCCCUCUCCGCGGCCGGCAGCUCCUCGUGCUCGACGAGGACGAGGCUUGCGGCAGCGGCCAGGAGUUUCCACUGGCCGUCCGAAGUGGACGUUUAUUGAAUCCCCGAUGUUUAUAAAGCGCCCUUGCCGCCCUCGUCACCUCGUCGCGCGAUAAAACUCUGCGACUACAACCUCUAUCUUCUGUCCGUCAUGCGAUCGUGCAGCGUGCACACCGUCAGCCGCAGCGCGCCUCUCGCAAGGUCACCCAGGAGCAACUUGCGCAGGCUCGAUCCCAUGAAGACCGACCUGGUGGUACCGGAGAUGUCGGUGCCCGUUGUCCCUCCUUCGGAGACCUUCGACCCCUCCACCGAUAGCCUGCACUCGUCCAUGAGGCCGAUCAUCAUGCUGGCCCAAUGCUUCUCCAUGCUUCCUGUGUGUGGUGUCAACAAGCCGGACGCUUCGUACCUCCGGUUCACGUGGCGCAGCCUGAAGAUUCUAUACGCGGCGGUCGUGUUUCUGGGUGUGUUCACCAUGACGGUCUUCAACGUGCUGCGAAUGUUCGCCACCGGAGUGAACUCCACUAAAAUGACGACUUUUGUCUUCUAUGCCACCACCCUGGUGACCGCCGUGUUGUUCGUACGGCUGGCGAGACAAUGGCCCUGCCUGGCUUUAACCUGGGAGAAACUGGAACGUGAAUUCACCUCCAGGCACCGGAGGGUCUCGAGGACCACCCUCGCGGCUCGCUUCAAGAUCGUCACCGCCGUUGUCAUGUUGCUCGCGUUAGUGGAGCACGGCGCCGCCGUGCUUUCCGCGUACAUCAGCGCGAUGGAGUGCGCGACGCACCGCGGGGACAUGGACAUUAUCGGCACUUACUUCCAGUCGCAAUUCCCGCAGGUAUUCUCGAAGAUGUCGUACAGCCUCUGGAAGGGAAUCCUGGUGGACACCAUAAAUAUCCUCAGCACCUUCUCCUGGAACUUUGUCGAUCUGUUCCUCAUUCUCAUCAGCAUCGCUCUGGCGGAUCAGUUUAGGCAACUGAACAGCCGCCUCAAUUCGAUUAGGGAAAAGGCGAUGCCGGAGUGGUGGUGGGCCGAGGCCAGGAACGACUACAAUCACCUGGCGACCCUAACACGCAAAGUGGACUCUCACAUUUCGAGCAUCGUCCUUCUGUCCUUCGCCACCAACCUAUAUUUCAUCUGCAUUCAGCUGCUGUUCUCCUUCAAGUACAAUUCACGCACGUGGCGUCCAAUACGCGGUAUCGUGCGGAAGAUCUACUUUUGCUUCUCCUUCGGCUUCCUGCUGGCAAGGACAACGGCGGUGUCCUUGUAUGCGGCUUCCGUUCACGACGAGUCACUCUUACCGGCACCGAUCUUGUACAACGUCUCCAGUUCUAGUUACGGAAACGAGGUCUCGAGAUUCUUGUCGCAAGUAACGACGGACAAUAUAAGCUUAACGGGGAUGAAGUUUUUCUCCGUGACGAGGAGCCUCGUGUUAACCGUCGCUGGAACCAUCGUGACUUACGAACUGGUACUGGUACAGUUCAACUCCGUCCAGCAAGUGGACCAGUCGAACAUUACGAACGCUUGCGAGUCCUUCCGAUAAGAGUAACCGAAGGAUACGUUCCGGGCGAAAAGAGCGAGAGGGAGGUGUCUCACCGGGCAUUUAAUGAUCGUGUCACAAAGCGAUAACGCGCGCUUCGGCGUAAACGCGGAGGACACGUCGUUCUUCGUCGUAGGAACCAGGGUUGGGUAACUGAUUAAUCAGUUGAAAGUUGAGUUAAAAAGUUAAAAGCUGAUUACUUUUAACGUGACUUGGUUAAUUUUGAACGGGGUAAUUCUUAACCUGAACUCUGGUUGUCUCUGAAUGGAUUAACGUUAACUCACUAACUUGUUCCGAGUCACGAGUUAAGAUAAUUAAUCCAUUUCAAAGUCGUGUGAAAAUGGCUCUAAAUUGAGAGCGUUUUGUUUUUAAACACUCUAAUCUUUCUGUUACAAUUACACUAAUGUACCUUUUAAAUAAUGCAUAUUAAAAAAAAUAUACGAUA